CAAAUCUAGAAACGAUGGACGAGUCAGUGGCAUCAAAGACCAUUCAAACCCUGUGGCUCUUCCAGGCCUUCCUGAUUCCGGGUAUCAACAACUCUGUUUUGGGACCUACCAUUAUUGAUCUCCAAUAUUUCCUACAUGAACCGGGACUAAAGCGAUUGUCGUACUUGUUCAUCUUGAACGGAUGUGGGACGAUUGUCGGAAGUACAUUGUCUAGUGUGCUACCCAAGAAGCAUCUAAGACUUCGUCUCAGUGUCGUCGUUCUGAUGGCGUCAGUUGUGUUGAUGCUGACGCCGCUAGUACCAGUAUUACUCUACUUCACAUUCAUGUUUCUCAUGCAUAGCAUUUUGAAAGGACUGGUGAUCUGCUAUUCGAUCGAGCUGUGCUGUGUCCUCUGGGCGAGGAAGGAUGUCGCAAUGCAGUUCGUACUCGCUGGAACGACUUUGGGAGGGAUGCUUACCCCUCUUAUUGUAGAACCAUUCUUGUCAAUGUCAGAAUACGCCGGAGAUGCUGUCUGCCUUAAUCCUAAAUUUGCACUUACGAGCAUGUGCAAGAAUGAAGGAGAAAGCAGUUCCACGUCGGACACCAACUGGACACAAAUCCCAUUUACACUGCUUAAUUACAGUGGAGGACAUUACCACAUGAAUGCGACGAAUGAGACCGAAAGAACGCCCCUGGUUACGAAUCACAUAUUUCAAAAGGCAUUUAACAUCGACCAUGAACCUCUGACUCAGAACCUGUCUGGCAAAGGUAACAAAUAUCCACCGGAAGUGGUAACACAUGUUAGGUGGGCGUUUGUAGUGCUAGGUGCAUUAACGCUGCCUUGUGGCUGGGCAUUACUCUACUACUGGUUCAAGAACAUAGAUGAUGUCAAAUCACCACAAACGGAUUAUGAAAAUCUGGAUGAACCACCAGCGGCCAUGACAGGAAGGUUGGAGACGGCAAUGCUUGUACUGGUUGUGAUGUUCGGUUUGUCUUUUGCUGGUCUGUCCGGGACAUACUGCGGGCUCCUAACAGUCUUUGGCGUGGCAGGUCCUUUGGCACUCACUAACACCACAUUGAAAGAUACAACAUUUGGAGCAUCUCCCAUGUCGUCAUUGUCUGAGGUAACAGAAUCGACAGUCAUUGCACAUACAAAACACUACUUCCUGAGUAUCCACAAGCUGCACAAAGCAUCAACAGAAGCUGUCCAUAUCGUCACGAUACAGCCUCAGUAG